GUCUGGAGAUAUCUGGUGACUGCCGGAAGUCUCCUGUGGCUGAGAGCCUGGCUGGAUGCUGCUGGUGUCGGGAGAGAGGAGCGGAGAGACGGGGCAGAGGACGGGAGGAAUGCUCCAAAGAAGGGGAGAGAGAUGGUGAAGGAAGGGACCGUUCGGGCUCAGGAUGGAAGAGCAAAAGACAGGAGAAAGAACAGCAGAGAAAAGGAGGAAGGCAGAGGAGUGAAGACAGAGCAAGUAAGAGAUGUCAAAGAAAACAGACGAGAGAAGCUAGGAGACGAUAGAGAGAAAUCAGGGCAUACAAGAGAAGCGAUAGACCAGAGAGGAGAUAAUACAAAAGUCGGAAAAGUGAAGACAGAAGAUGCAAGCGAUGCGAUAGAGCCCAAACCAGACACAACCAAUGACGAUACGUCAGCAGAGGUAGAGUCUCAGCUCCCCGGUACAGAACCAGAGAGCAGAGCCGCCGCGGAGGACCCCACCCCGCUGCUGGGGCCGGCCGCCGGCUAUGGUCCGGCCUCCCGUCCGCCACCGCCCGGCUGGAUUCGGGCGCUGAAAGUGGCGACUGAUGUGGCUGAUAUAACGGAGGAGUGCGGAGGACGUAUAAAGGAGCUGGUGCUGGAUGAGCUGGCCAGGCGCGGCCGGUACAGCGCCGCCAGUCUCUCCUCUCCGCAUCUCCUCUGCCGCCGAGUUCUCCGCGCCGGCCUGCUCUCCGGCGUCUCCCCACCUCCGACCGUCCGCCGCGCCGGUCUCCGUCUUCUGGCUUCGGCAGCCGAACGACAACCGUCGCUACAACCAGCUCUGCUCGGCUGGCUGCGGCAGCUACCGCCGAGUCGAGAUGAGCUGCGACAGCUGCCGGCGGAGCUGCGGAGGCCCGGCGCUCCGCUGGAUCGUGUCGCAGCUCUGCUGGCAGUGGAGGGCUUCGAGAGUGACUCAAAGACAGCGCCGCGGGAAGGGACAGGAACCGACCGCGGUAGAGCCCUUGCCGCUUUACUGGAGGCUGAAGCUGCUUACCAGGCGGGCCGCGUGGGUGAAUCUGUGUCGGAGUAUCUCUCUGCACGGCCUUGGUAUCGACUGGGAGCGGCACUGGCUGCCGGCCGGCCGCUGCCGCCUCUGAUCGACCUACUCUGGCCGACUGGGGACGAGACGACGAUAUGGCCCGAGCUGAGGCGAUUGCUGGUAGUGGAAAGUGCGGCUGAGGAAGCUAUGGGAGCUACUGAGACGGCUGAGCCGUCAAACCCUACUGCUGAUCCGUCCAACUCGACAGCGGAGACUGCUGAUACGCCAGCGUCGGACAGUAAAGCUGCUGAGACAUCGAGUUUGA